UUUUCCCGCUAUUGAAACCAGAUAGAAAAAUCGCUAUACGAAGAACAGUUCCUGUUAUCCUCUCAGAGAGAGGGGAACUAGAGAGAGAAACCGCUGAUAGAGAGAGACAGAAAUGGUCUAAUCACUUCUACCUUCGGUUCUUUGAGCUGACUUUUGCUAGCAAUCAUCGGCGACAAUGGCGAUCGGUGCCGUCGUUUCAAACCGGAAUUUCGGCUCGUUUAUCGGUUCAGGAAAAGUAUAUCAAAUAGAACAAGCUACAACAUAUCAUCGAGGAGAACGUCUCGGCUUUGCUACUGCACAGUAUGUCCAUAAAAACAAGUUCUGCAAAAAUUUAUGUAUUGUAAGGAACAGCUGUUCUUUAUCUAGAUACUCGUAUUGUUCGUCUCUUCAUGUUAUUGGUCUUCCAAAUGGAAAAACUCCGAGAAUGAAUACUCUCCAUGAUGGAGGGGAGCAUCCUCUGUCCAAACAACUUAUUGCAAAGUUUCAGGGGAUCAAUACUAGGCAAGGAAUCAGAAAAAUAUGUCAAUGCUAUCUUUCUUCAAUUUCCUCUGACAACAGUUGGGUUCAACCAAGAAAGCUGGAUAACCAUAAAAUAAAUGACAGGCAAUGGCAGCUAUCAAAGCAUGUUAAGGUAAAUAGGACCCGCGCUGACUACAAAUCUGAGGAGUUUGACAUAACGGGAGCAGCAGUGGACCCAUUUGUGUUGUCAGAGGGGCCAAGUGAAGUUUUGGCGGAAGGGGUGCCGCAAAUAAAACCUUGGUGGGAGCAGCUCCCAAAACGCUGGAUGAUAGUCCUGCUUUGUUUUACUGCAUUUCUAUUAUGUAACAUGGAUCGAGUGAAUAUGAGCAUUGCAAUACUUCCAAUGUCACGGGAGUUUAACUGGGAUAGUGCGACUGUUGGUCUAAUUCAGUCUUCUUUUUUCUGGGGCUAUCUGCUCACUCAGAUUGUUGGAGGAAUCUGGGCAGAUAAAAUUGGUGGGAAACUAGUCUUGGGUUUUGGAGUGGUUUGGUGGUCGAUUGCAACAAUUUUGACACCUAUAGCUGCGAAAAUCGGGCUUCCUUUCUUACUUGUCAUGCGUGCCUUUAUGGGGAUUGGUGAGGGUGUCGCUAUGCCUGCUAUGAAUAAUAUACUUUCUAAGUGGAUUCCUGUCUCAGAGAGAAGCAGAUCGCUUGCACUAGUAUACAGCGGCAUGUAUCUUGGUUCUGUUACUGGAUUGGCUUUUUCUCCUAUUUUAAUCCAAAAAUUUGGGUGGCCAUCUGUUUUCUACUCAUUUGGUUCCCUUGGGACUAUCUGGUUUGCACUAUGGCUGAGUAAAGCACAUAGCUCACCUAAGGAAGAUCCGGAGCUUAGUGCGGAGGAAAAAAAGCUUAUCUUGGGGGGCAGCGUCUCAAAGGAACCUGUAUCUGUCAUUCCUUGGAAGCUAAUUUUAUCAAAGGGACCUGUUUGGGCUCUCAUUAUCUCCCACUUCUGCCAUAAUUGGGGAACUUUUAUUCUUUUGACAUGGAUGCCUACCUACUAUAAUCAGGUGUUGAAGUUCAACCUCACCGAAUCUGGACUUUUUUGUGUAUUGCCAUGGUUGACCAUGGCUGUGUUUGCAAAUAUAGGAGGCUGGAUUGCAGACACACUUGUGAGCAAAGGCCUCUCCAUUACAGCAGUUCGUAAGAUAAUGCAAUCAAUUGGGUUUUUGGGCCCUGCCUUCUUCCUUACACAGCUGAGCCAUAUCAAGACACCUGCUUUAGCAGUGCUAUGCAUGGCAUGCAGUCAGGGUUCGGAUGCAUUCUCACAGUCUGGGCUCUAUUCCAAUCACCAAGACAUUGGGCCCCGUUAUGCUGGAGUCUUGUUGGGACUAUCUAACACAGCGGGAGUGCUUGCUGGUGUCUUUGGUACAGCUGCAACUGGAUAUAUACUCCAAAAAGGUUCUUGGGAUGAUGUGUUUAAGGUGGCUGUUGCAUUGUACAUCAUUGGCACAGUAGUCUGGAACCUUUUUUCGACCGGAGAGAGAAUUCUGGACUAGUUAAAUGCAAGAAGAGGAGGGAUUCAGUCAACAUAGCUAUAGAGAUCAAACGAUGAAGGGAUAUAUGGAAGGAAUAUUAGGAACCAAACUGCACAUGGUUGGGUAAAACUCUCAGUUGAGCAAAAACAUUUCUAAGAUGCCACCACUUUAAUAGUUCUCUUACUAAAUUGUGAGGCCCUUGGACCGCCGCUCCUGAAUUUUGUGAGUUGGCCCGGCCAGAGAGAACUUUUUACAGGUUGUUGUUUUCUGUUUUCAUUUUGUUUAGCCGUGCUUACUUUACAUUGCUUCUGGAUAAUUUGUAUUCCUGAACUUUUUUCCUUGGCCGUUACAGAGCAAUAAAAGAGCAUGCAAUCUGUAAGCCUCAUCAUGUUCACCUGAAAAUCUCGACAGCAGAUCUUAUAUUGCUCCUGUUUCUUAUUCUUUUACAAUCAUAUUGCGUUUCGAUUGUUGCUUGUUUUGUCUCAUGAAUCAACAAUGGUACUGGUUGUGGGAGGCUUUUGUUAGGGUUUGUUAGACCAUAUUGUUUGGUUGGGUGCAUACUGCAUAAGCAGGUUUGAUGAGAGAGGACUUGUAACUCAACUUAUAUGAAUUUCAGACUGCUCGAUCGCGGGCGUUGUUGGUGUGUCUGUUUCUAGAGCAUCAUGAAGGAAGAAUGACCGCUCAUGGUGUAGAUCAUCACAUUAC